AUGCAAUUCAAGUAUCUUGCUGCGAUCGCUACCGCAAUCACAUCUGUUUCUGCCAUUGGUGAUCUUGCUUUCAACUUAGGUGUUAAAGAUAACCAAGGUAACUGUAAAACCGCUGAAGAAUAUAAAGCAGACUUUUCAACCUUAUCCAGUUAUUCCAAAAUCGUCAAAACUUAUGCCGUUUCUGACUGUAACACUUUAGAAAUCUUGGGUCCUGCCGCAGAAGAUGCCGGUUUCCAAGUCAUGUUUGGUGUUUGGCCAACCGAUGACUCUCAUUUCGAAGCCGAAAAACAAGCUUUGAAAGAUUACUUGCCAAACAUUUCUGUCGAUACCGUCAAGGUCAUUAGUGUUGGUUCCGAAGCCUUAUACAGAGAUGAUUUAUCUGCUUCUGCUUUGGCCUCCAAAAUCUCCGAAGUCAAAGAUUUAUUAAAAGACAUCAAGGAUAAAAAUGGUAAAUCGUACUCCUCGGUUCAAGUUGGUUUUGUUGAUUCUUGGAAUGUCUUGGUUGACGAUGGUUCUCAACCGGCAAUCAAAGCUGCUGAUUUCACUUUUGCCAAUGCCUUUUCUUAUUGGCAAGGUCAAACUAAACAAAAUGCCUCUUACUCCUUCUUUGAUGACAUUAUGCAAGCUUUACAAAAAAUUCAAUCCGCCAAAGGUUCAACCGAUAUCGAUUUCUGGGUUGGGGAAACUGGUUGGCCUUCCGAAGGUACCAGUUUCGAAUCUUCUGACCCUUCAGUCGAUAAUGCUAAAGAAUUCUGGCAAGACGCAAUUUGUGCCAUCAGAGCUUGGGGUGUUAACGUGGCCGUUUUUGAAGCCUUUGAUGAAGCUUGGAAACCAGAUAGCUCCGGUACCUCUGACGUCGAAAAACACUGGGGGGUCUGGGAUGCCAACAGUAAAUUAAAAUACUCAAUUGGUUGCAACUUCUAA